CUCCAAGUGACACUCUGGUUUCUGGUCCUGAAGUUUUUCUAAUUGCAUGCGGGCGGGCGGCUUUUCUCAUUAUGUCAUUAUCAAUUUCACCUUAUGAAUCUCAUUAUUUUGCAAAUGAAUAUCAUUAUCACACUAUUUUGUACCACAUGGACCAUUCUGCGCAUGCGUAGUAGAAAUAAUGAGAUAGAAAUCCAAUAAUGAGAUAGAAAUCCAAGAAUAAAAUCUGAUGCGGGCGGUGGACCAGAAACCAGAGUAUCACUUGGAGUGGCCUUAUGGCUAGUUUGACUCACAUGCAUUGAAGGCUGUUGCAGUCUCUUCAGAAUCUUUCGUAGCAUCAACUGUUCGCACAAAGUUUCUAUGCAACUUAUAAGUUAGCCUUGCACUAAAGCGCUAGGUUUUUGUUAGCUACAAAAGUCAGAAAAGAGCUGCAAAGCUAGCUACACUGUUACUUUGUAAUCUGGCCACGCCCUCCCAAACACAGCAUUGACUUCUGCAGACACGCCACUUAUUCCUGUGGAUCUAAUGCGCAUGCACGCUAAUCACCACGUGUGAGAAUAUCCAUCCCAGGCAUCUAGCAGAAUCAAUCUUCUUCUUUGUUGCUUCCUAGAUCCUUGAGGUCCUGGCAUAAGCAGCCACAAAACACAACAAUGAUACCAUAAUUAUACAAUUGAAUAGAUGCAAGUCAGAUUAAUUUAUACACUUUUCCUCUUCUAUACUUCCUCUUCUAUACUUCCUCUUCUAUACUUUUGAGCGAAAGCAAAUCAUGGCAAGAGACAUUAGCACAGCGCCAGCUUGAACACUAGUUAUAGUAUAGAAAUUUUAGAGAAAAUAGGCGUGGUCUAGCUCAGUCACUUGCUAGCUGUACCGUUGAGAGCUUACUCAUGAACAACACAUUCAUGGACUGUAUAGCGAUGGGUCAGACAACUGUUCAGUAUAAUUUAUAGUGUGAUGAUGCCGGCUUAAGCUUGAUGUUUCAAACCUUUAUAAGCGCUCGAAAAAAUAAUUACAGGAACGGUAGGCACUUCUUUUAGGGCCACAAAAAUUAUGCUGAUACUGACAUGGCGCUGUAAUUACUUUAAUUAUACGGUAAUGCUUCGUUCUCAAGAUAUAGACUAUGGUUUGCUAACUUAGAAGGCUUUUGCAGACUCUUCAUCUGACAGACUCGUGUAUAGCAACUGUUACACCUGUUCGCACAAAGUUUCUAUUCAACUUAUGAGUUAAACUUGCACUAUAUAAAGUGCUAGCUGUUUGUUAGCUGCUUAGAAAAGAGCUCGAAUUUUUAAGUUGACAAAAUUAAACUUCAAGUUACAUUGUAGAUCUACACAGUCGUGCUUCUAUCAUUGAAGACCAUGACAUUCAUCAAGCGGGCCAUCAGAUAUAGAUUUCUGUUUCCACUAUUCUAUAAUAAAAAUGUGUGUGUUUUGUCAAACAACAAAAUAAUAUAAGUAAUCAUGGUCGAUCAUUACCCACUCUUUGAGUUUGCAUGCAUGCAGCAAAAUUAAAUGCAAAAAAUGUUCAUCAUUAUAAUGUGUGUAUAAAAGCUAAUAGCUUUAUGUUAUGUAGCUUUUGGUAUCUCCACCGAGGCAUCAGUAUAAAAGAAUUGAAUCAUGUGAUUUUUCUGUAAAUUAAAUUCUGUCACAAUGCAUAGUUCCAUAAAUGGCUGAUGACAGCCAGUCAAGUGAUACUCUCCUGCACACUGCUGCAAGCUGUGGGGACUUAGAUCAGGUCAAAGAGUUGUUGAAAACAAAGCAAUAUGAAGUGAACGUCAGAAACUCACACAACCAAACAUCUCUUCAUCUCGCAUGUGCUAAUGGUCAUCUUGAUACGGUUUGGACACUAGUCAACAACUUUGGUGCUGACAAAGGAGCUUCUGAUUAUGACGGAAAUACACCAUUGCUCUUUGCUGCUAAGAACAAACAUGUGCAAAUAAUUAUCAUGGUAAUCCUAUCAUCAGUGUAUUUCAACAAAUGGCCCUGUUUCUUUAGUCAUAGUGAGAUGGAUUCUCAUGACGUUAAAAUCUUUGAGGAUGUCCUCUUCGAGUAUUAUAAUGAUUCUGAGGCUGUGGAGAAAACUAUGCAUCUGAUAAGCAAAUACUUUGUUGAUUACAAGCAAUUCAAGGAUUAUAAAGAUGAUGGCUUUAUUACAUUGUUUGUAGCUGCAUCACUUGGUCUCAAAGAAUUGCUUAAUCAUUUAGUUACAGAGAAAAAAGUAGACCUAAAUAAAAAAGGUUUCCAUGGCUUGUCUGUUCUCCACGGUGCCUGUGUCGGAGGACACGUACUGCUCACGGAGAGCCUUAUAUCAGAACAUGGUAUUUCACAGAAAGAUAACAGCGGGCACUCAAUUUUGCAUUACGCUGCAUUAGAUGGGAUUCCCUAUUCAUUCAAUGGUGGUCAUAUAGAACUAAUAGACAAACUGGUGAUACAAUAUGGCCUCGAUAUUGGAGAUAGAGAUGAAAAUGGAAACACACCUCUACAUAUGGCAGCCUAUGAAGGACGUGUUGAAACAUUAAGACACCUGAUCAGUAAGCACAGUGCUGAUGUUGAAUGCACUAAUAACCAAAAAAAUACACCAUUGUUGUUAGCUGCACAAAGUGGUAAUACACAUGUUUUGGAUGCGUUAGUCAAAGAAUUCAACAUCAGUUGUCAUGUCCGAGGUGACAAUGGUUAUACUCUCCUUCACUAUGCAUGCUAUGGUGGUCAUAUAGAAAUGAUAGACAAAUUAGUGCUUGAAUAUGGCCUCAAUCCCGCAGAUAAAGAUAAUGAUGGUGACACACCUCUACAUAUUGCAGCCUACGAAGGACGUGUUGAAACAGUGAGACACCUGAUCAUUAAGCACAGUGCUGAUGUUGAAUGCACUAAUAACCAAAACAGUACACUGUUGAUGCUAGCUGCACAAAGAGGUAAUACACAUGUUUUCAAUGCGUUAGUCAAAGAAUUCAACAGCAGUUGUCAUGUCCGAGGUGACAAUGGUUAUACUCUCCUUCACUAUGCAUGUGGUGGUGGUCAUAUAGAAAUGAUAGACAAAUUAGUGCUUGAAUAUGGCCUCGAUCCCACAGAUAAAGAUAAUGAUGGUAACACACCUCUACAUACUGCAGCCUCCAUUAAAGGACGUGUUGAAACAGUGAGACACCUAAUUAGCAAGCACAAUGCUGAUGUUGAUUGCACUAAUAAUCAGAACAAUACUCCAUUGAUGCUAGCUGUGUUUAAUGGUUGUGUGCAUGUUUUGGAUAUGCUAAUCAAAGAAUUCAACAGCAGUUGUCAUGUCCGAGAUGACGAUGGUUAUACUCUCCUUCACUAUGCAUGCGAUGGUGGUCAUAUAGAACUGAUAGACAAAUUAGUGCUUGAAUAUGGCCUCAAUCCCGCAGAUAAAGAUAAUGAUGGUAACACACCUCUACAUGUUGCAGCCAUUGCAGGACGUGUUGAAACAGUGAGACACCUGAUUAGCAAGCACAGUGCUGAUGUUGAUUGCACUAAUAAUCAGAACAAUACUCCAUUGAUGCUAGCUGUGUUUAAUGGUUGUGUGCAUGUUUUGGAUAUGCUAAUCAAAGAAUUCACCAGCAGUUGUCAUGUCCGAGAUGACGAUGGUUAUACUCUCCUUCACUAUGCAUGCGAUGGUGGUCAUAUAGAACUGAUAGACAAAUUAGUGCUUGAAUAUGGCCUCAAUCCCGCAGAUAAAGAUAAUGAUGGUAACACACCUCUACAUAUUGCAGCCGUUAAAGGACAUGUUGAAACAGUGAGACACCUGAUUAGCAAGCACAGUGCUGAUAUUGAUUGCACUAACAACUACAACAAUACACCAUUGAUGGAGGCUGCGCUGAAUGGUCAUGUGCAUGUUUUGAAUAUGCUAAUCAAAGAAUUCAACAGCAGUUGUCAUGUCCGAGGUUACAAUGGUUAUACUCUCCUUCACUAUGCAUGCGAUGGUGGUCAUAUAGAACUGAUAGACAAAUUAGUGCUUGAAUAUGGCCUCAAUCCCGCAGAUAAAGAUAAUGAUGGUGACACACCUCUACAUAUUGCAGCCAUUAAAGGACGUGUUGAAACAGUGAGACACCUGAUUAGCAAGCACAGUGCUGAUAUUGAUUGCACUAACAACUACAACAAUACUCCAUUGAUGCGUGCUGCGCUGAAUGGUUGUGUGCAUGUUUUGGAUAUGCUAAUCAAAGAAUUCAACAACAGUUGUCAUGUUCGAGGUUGCAAUGGUUAUACUCUCCUUCACUGUGCAUGCGAUGGUGGUCAUAUAGAACUGAUAGACAAAUUAGUGCUUGAAUAUGGCCUCGAUCUCGCAGAUAAAGAUAAUGAUGGUGACACACCUCUACAUAUUGCAGCCAUUAAAGGACGUGUUGAAACAGUGAGACACCUGAUUAGCAAGCACAGUGCUGAUAUUGAUUGCACUAACAACUACAACAAUACACCAGGGAUGGUUGCUGUGUGGACUGGUCGUGUGCAUGUUUUGGAUAUGCUAAUCAAAGAAUUCAACAGCAGUUGUCAUGUCCGAGAUUACAAUGGUUAUACUCUCCUUCACUAUGCAUGCGGUGGUGGUCAUAUAGAACUGAUAGACAAAUUAGUGCUUGAAUAUGGCCUCGAUCUCGCAGAUAAAGGUAAUGAUGGUAACACACCUCUACAUAUUGCAGCCGUUAAAGGACAUGUUGAAACAGUGAGACACCUGAUUAGCAAACACAAUGCUGAUGUUGAUUGCACUAAUAAUCAGAACAAUACUCCAUUGAUGCUAGCUGUGUUUAAUGGUUGUGUGCAUGUUUUGGAUAUGCUAAUCAAAGAAUUCAACAGCAGUUGUCAUGUCCGAGAUGACGAUGGUUAUACUCUCCUUCACUAUGCAUGCGAUGGUGGUCAUAUAGAACUGAUAGACAAAUUAGUGCUUGAAUAUGGCCUCAAUCCCGCAGAUAAAGAUAAUGAUGGUAACACACCUCUACAUAUUGCAGCCGUUAAAGGACAUGUUGAAACAGUGAGACACCUGAUUAGCAAGCACAAUGCUGAUGUUGAUUGCACUAAUAAUCAGAACAAUACUCCAUUGAUGCUAGCUGUGUUUAAUGGUUGUGUGCAUGUUUUGGAUAUGCUAAUCAAAGAAUUCAACAGCAGUUGUCAUGUCCGAGAUGACGAUGGUUAUACUCUCCUUCACCAAGCAUGCGAUGGUGGUCAUAUAGAACUGAUAGACAAAUUAGUGCUUGAAUAUGGCCUCAAUCCCGCAGAUAAAGAUAAUGAUGGUAACACACCUCUACAUAUUGCAACCAUGAGAGGACGUGUUGAAACAGUGAGACACCUGAUUAGCAAGCACAGUGCUGAUGUUGAUUGCACUAAUAAUCAGAACAAUACUCCAUUGAUGCUAGCUGUGUGGACUGGUCAUGUGCAUGUUUUGGAUAUGCUAAUCAAAGAAUUCAAUAGCAGUUGUCAUGUCCGAGAUUACAAUGGUUAUACUCUCCUUCACUAUGCAUGCGGUGGUGGUCAUAUAGAACUGAUAGACAAAUUAGUGCUUGAAUAUGGCCUCGAUCUCGCAGAUAAAGGUAAUGAUGGUAACACACCUCUACAUAUUGCAGCCAACUUCGGGCAUGUUGAAACAGUGAGACACCUGAUUAGCAAGCACAGUGCUGAUAUUGAUUGCACUAAUAAUCAGAACGAUACUCCAUUGAUGUGUGCUGCAUGGAAUGGUCGUGUGCAUGUUUUGGAUAUGCUAAUCAAAGAAUUCAACAGCAGUUGUCAUGUUCGAAGAUACAAAGGUUGGACUCUCCUUCACUAUGCAUGCUGUGGUGGCCAUAUAGAACUAAUAGACAAAUUAGUGCUUGAAUAUGGCCUCAAUCCCGCAGAUAAAGAUAAUGAUGGUAACACACCUCUACAUAUUGCAGCCGUUAAAGGACAUGUUGAAACAGUGAGACACCUGAUUAGCAAGCACAGUGCUGAUAUUGAUUGCACUAACAACUACAACAAUACACCAUUGAUGGGUGCUGCGCUGAAUGGUCGUGUGCAUGUUUUGGAUAUGCUAAUCAAAGAAUUCAACAGCAGUUGUCAUGUCCGAGGUUACAAUGGUUAUACUCUCCUUCACUAUGCAUGCGAUGGUGGUCAUAUAGAACUGAUAGACAAAUUAGUGCUUGAAUAUGGCCUCGAUCUCGCAGAUAAAGAUAAUGACGGUAACACAUCUCUACAUGUUGCAGCCAUUAAAGGACAUGUUGAAACAGUAAGACUUUUGAUUACCCAACACAAAAUUGAUAUUAAUAUCACUAAUAAUGUUUACUCUACCCCAUUGUGUUUAGCAGCUGAAGGUGGUCAUGAGAUCGUGAUUCAUGCCUUUAGUAAAGAGUUUAAAUGCAGCCCACAUAACAGAGGCUACAAUGGUCAAACUCUGCUUCACUAUGCUUUCCAAAAUGGUCACGUAGAACUAUUGUAUAAACUGGUAGUUCAAUAUAAGGUGGAUCCAACAAUUAGAGACAAUGAUGGGAACACACCUCUACAUCUUUUGUGUCCUACACCGCAUACUGAAGACAUGCUAAGAACAAUCCUUUGCAAGUACCAGUACUGGACAGUGUUUCAAGUUAAUAAUAAAGGUAACACCCCUCUUCACACAGCAACUCUAUAUGGGCAAGCUCAUUGUGCACGUUUACUAUUGCAGAAGUAUGAAGCUCCACUUUUUGUGCGAAAUACAGAUGGGAAGACAGCCCUUGAUUUAGCUAAACUUCAGAGAAAACAAGAAAUUGUUACAAUUUAUGAAAAUCAUACUUCCAAACUCCAGUUAACCUAUGAGCAACUAGACGAACUUGCUAAAAAAGAGUUUACUGGUGAAAAGAACCUCACCAGAAUAUUUGUUGUAGGGCAUCCAGGUGCAGGGAAAUCCACGCUUGUUGAGACUAUCAAAAAGAAAGGUUUCUUCAGCUACUUCAGCACAUCAACUGUUGCCCCUCACACUGCAGGCAUUAUUCCAAGUACAUAUGACAGUAGUUAUUAUGGAAGAAUGAUAAUCUAUGAUUUUGCUGGUGAUUCCGAGUACUACUCCUCACAUGCUGCAAUUAUGGAGUCAAUCAACACAUCAAAAGGAAGUAAUAUAUAUUUGAUAGUUUGUGAUUUGAGUAAAGGCGAAGAAGCUGCUGCCACUAAAUACAGCUACUGGCUUUCAUUUCUAUCAUACAAUAUUAAGCAAUUCUCAAACAUGAUUAUCCUACCAGUGGGAAGCCACGCUGAUGUAAUCAAUAAAACAUCAGUUGAACAAGUGUUACGUGUUCUUGACAGCGUAUCCCAAAAGUUCUGUAGCAGCUCUAAGAUUGAUGGCUUUCAAAUUGAACAAAGUGUUUCUCUUGAUUCUCGUAAACGAGGGACUGUAGUAAAUGACAUAAAAGAACUCACUAAGAAAUUUUCCAAUUUGGUAUCCCUUUCCCCAGAGACAAGCACACUCUUGGGAUUGUUGAAGAAAGACUUUGAACAUGUUCCAGCUUGCAAAGUAAGCCUCCUUAUCUCUCACAUAGAAGAUACUGGAAUUCCACUGCCACUAAAUUCUUCAUCACUAUACACUCUCGUAAGAGAGUUGCAUGAUUUGGGUCUGCUAAUGAUGAUAGAGAGAGAAGGGGACUCCAUUGAGAACCAUAUAAUAAUUCUCAAGAUAUCAACAUUCACAUCAAAUGUACACAAAAAACUCUUUUCAGAGUCUGCUAAAGCUGACCUCACAGAGCACAUUGAUCAACUCAAGUUUAGCGUAGGUAUUAUUCCAGAAUCACUACUGGAGAGAGUACUGCCAGAGUACAUCACAAAAGAAAGUCUACUUAAGCUGCAGUACUGUCACGAAAUUGAGAAUUUGUACGUGGAAGAGGACCACACUCUUUCUCAACUCACUUCAGAACCUGUACCAACAGAUAGUGCCAGUAAAGAGAAAUCUCAUUUAUUUUUCCCUGCUCUGUGUGAUCUCAAGCUUGAGGACAUUCAAUGGCCUAAAUCCGAAGGUGAUAAGAUUACUUUGGGAUGGUAUGCUAAAUGUGAUGGUGACAGAUUCGACUUCUUUCCAACACGAUUUCUUCAUGUGCUUAUCGUUCACCUCUCUCACAACUUUGCACUAAAACAAAUCCUGCCCACAAGACACAGACUCUCCACUACAGCUUCCAAUUCUUUGAUUGCUGAGGUACAUGCUGCCAAUCCUAGCUGUCAUGUCUGGUCGACUGGUCUGCAUUGGCUUAUGAAGAAUGGAGUGGAAGUGUUUGUCGAUAUGCCUAAAGAAGCUGAUAGUAAAGAACUGGUUGUACUAGCAAGGAGUGACGUCCGAAAUCAAGCCAAGUGUUCUGAAACUCUACAUCAAGUUAUUCAAAAGGUAGUGGAAGCAAAAAUGGAGUUCUGUGCUAGUAUAUUGCCUACUGUUUACCUUCUUGAUCCAAGCAACCUCAAAGAUGAACCUUUUAUGAAUGCUUUGAGUUCAUCUAAAUACGCUCUUAGUGAUAUCGAAGAAGCACUAGCAGAAGGCACUGAGGAAGUUGCCGAUAAAGACAGGCAAUGCUUCUCCACUCCGAUCAAAGAAUGGAUUAGCCCAACAAGAUGGGCCAUAUCUUACUGGAAUUUGUUUUUUCCAAUGAAUACUUUCUUGGUUCAUUCUGCUUUGCAAGAAGUAAAGGAUGCUCAAUGGAAACUGCUAGGAAUGAGUCUUCCGAUCCCCUGGAACAAAUUAGAUGACAUUGAGAAUAAUGACUCAUCAUACCCUGGUGACAUUGCUAAGAAAGAAGAAGUAAUUCGACUAUGGAUGUCUCAAGAACCCACCUGGAUAGUGUUGGUAGAUGCUCUCAAUCAAUCUGCAUAUGAAUGGUCACAGAAUUCAAGUCAAAUCUCACAAAAGCAUAAUGUGCCUCUACAAAAGAAAAUUCUCGAAAAAGAUUCAUCUCUCCGUCCUGACGAGGACUUUCUCCAAUCAUUUGCUGCCGUCAUUGGCUCUCGUUGGCAGUGUCUUGCUUUUCCCCUCUCCCUCACUUCUGAAGACAUUGUGAGCAUCAAGAGAGAGACAAGAGGAGCAGAGCCUACCAGACAAGCACUCGUCAUGCUGCAGAAGUGGGCAGCCAGGGAGACGGCAAUUUAUGGUCAGUUGAGAGAGAGACUCCGUACACUCUCAGUGUUUAAUAUCUGAGAAAAGUAUGUAGAUAAUUAUAGCUGUUUACGAAAAUGUAUCACCUUGUUUGUGUCACUCAUGCUUUGCCAUUAAAUUUAAACAACAAUGUCACAACUGCACUUUCAAUUUUUUACACUGCGUAUACAACCUUCAAAAAAGCACUUUAAUGUUGUCAAUUCUUAUUAGUUAAUUAUGCUCCCUCAAGUAAUUUUUGUAGCUUCAAAUAGUGUUGUACAAAAACUUCUGUAACAGUUCCAAGAUUGAUGAUUUACAAAGCAUUGCUCUGAUGUUGUAAACGAGAAGCUGUAAAUUACUUAUUGUCCUCUGUCGGAUUUUCCCCAGAGACAAGCUCUUUUCUGGGAUUGUUGAAACACUUUGACUAUAUUCCAGCUUGCAAAGUAAGUCUCCUUAUCUCUCACAUAGAAGAGACUUAAAUCCGGCUCACACCCUAAGAGAAUUACUCACAUCAGGUGUACCCAUAAUGAUCAAUUUAAAAGCAGACGUCAUCAGUCAACUCAAGCUCAGGGUAGUCAUCAUUAUAACAAAAUGCUACUGCAUCGCUACUGCAUGGAAAAAAUACUACCACAAACUGCAGUACUGCUGAGAAUUUUAUAAGUGGAAGAGUACCACAGCCUUUCUCGAACUCACUUCAGAACCAGUACCAACUGAGAGUGCCACUAUAAAGAGAAAUUUCGUCUCCUUUUUGUGAUCUCUGGAUCAAAGGUGACCAAGGAUUUUUUGCUAAAUGUGAUGAUGGCAAAUUUGACUAUUUCCUAACGAUUUUGUUAUCUCAUUUCUCUCACACAGCUUUUCAUGAAAACAAAGCUUGCCAACAAGCCGCAGGCUCUGUAUAAUAUUGAACUUCUAAUUCUUCUACUUCUUUGAUUGCAGAGGUCCAAUUAUGCUGCCAAUCCUCGCUGUCAUGUCUGGUCUACAUGUAGUAAAUGAAAUAAAGGAACUAGCGAAGAGAUUAGAGUCUCUUUCCCCGGAGACAAGCACACUUCUGGGAUUGUUGAAGAAAGACUUUGAACAUGUUCCAGCGUGUAAAGUGAGCCUCCUUAUCUCUCACAUAGAAGAUACUGGAAUUCCUCUGCCACUAAAUUCUUCAUCACUAUACGUUCUCAUACAAGAGUUACAUGAUUUGGGUCUGCUAAUGGUGAUAGAGAGAGAAGGGGACUCCAUUGAGAACCACACAAUCAUUCUCAAGAUAUCAACCCUCACAUCGGAUGUACACAAUAAACUGUUUUCAACGUCUGCUAAAGCUGACCUAACCAAGCAUAUCGAUCAACUCAAGCUCAGCGUAGAUAUUAUUCCAGAAUCACUACUGGAGAGAGUACUACCAGAGUACAUCACAAAAGAAAGUCUACUUAAGCUGCAGUACUGUCAAGAAAUCGAGAAUUUGUACGUGGAAGAGGACCACAGUCUUUCUCAAAUAACUUCUGUAUAUACCAGUACCAACAGAGAGUUCCACUAAAGAGAAAUCUCAUCUAUUUUUCCCUGCUCUAUGUGAUCUCAAGCUCGAGGAAAUUCAACGGCCAACAUCCAAAGGUGAUAAAGUUGCUUUGGGAUGGUAUGCUAAAUGUGAUGGUGACAGAUUUGAUUUCUUCCCAACAAGAUUUCUUCAUGUGCUUAUCGUUCACCUCUCUCACAACUUUGCACUGAAGCAAAGCCUGCCAACAAGACUCUCCACUACAGCUUCUGAUUCUUUAAUUGACGAUGUAUAUGCUGCCAAUCCUAGCUGUCGUGUUUGGUCAACUGGUCUGCAUUGGCUUAUGAAGAAUGGAGUGGAAGUAUUUGUCGAUAUGCCUAAAGACGCUGAUAGUAAAGAACUAAUUGUACUAGCAAGGAGUGACAUCCGAAAUCAAGUCAAUUGUUCCGAAACUCUGCAUCAAGUUAUUCAAAAUGUAGUAGAAGCAAAAGUUGAGUUUUGUGCUGGUAUAGUGCCUACUGUUUACCUUCUUGAUCCGAGCAAUAUCAAGGAUGAGCCUUUUACAAAUGCUAGAAAUUCACCUAAAUACGCUCUUAGAGAUAUUGAAGAAGCACUAGCAGAAGGCCCUGAGGAAGUUGCUGAUAAAGACAGACAAUGCUUCUCCACUCCAAUCAAAGAUUGAAUCAGCCCAACAAGAUGGGCCAUAUCUUACUGGAGUAAGUUUCACGCACACAUUAAACCCACGUAUUUCAUUUAUUAUAGUACUAUAGACUUGUUUUUUCCAAUGGAUACCUUCUUGGUUCGUUCUGCUUUGCUAGAAGUAAAGGAUGCUCAAUGGAAACUGCUAGGAAUGAGUCUUCCAAUCCCCUGGAACAGAUUAGAUGACAUUGAGAAUAAUAAAUCAUGGUGAUAAUGCUAAAAAAGAAGAAGUAAUUCGCCUGUGGAUGUCUCAAGAACCCACGUGGAUAGUGUUGGUAGACGCUCUCAGUCAAUCUGCAUAUGGAUGGUCACAGAAUUCAAGUCAAAUCUCACGAAAGCAUAAUGUACCUCUACAAAAGAAAGUCAUCUGCGAAAUCAAUUCAUCCAUCCGUCCUGACAAGGAUUUUCCAAUCGUUUGCUGUCAUUAUUGGCUCUCGAUGGCAGUGUCUUGCUUUUCCCCUCUCCCUCACUUCUAAAGACAUUGUGAGCAUCAAGAGAGAGACAAGAGGAGCAGAGCCGACCAGACAAGCACUUGUCAUGCUGCAAAAGUGGGCAGCCAGGGAGACGACAACUUAUGGUCAGUUGAGAGAGAGACUCCGUACAUUUUCAGUGUUUCAUAUCUGAGAAAGUAUGUAGAUAAUUGUAGCUGCUUACAAAAAUUUAUCACCCAAUGCUUUUCAGAACUCAUACUUUGCCAUUAAAUUUAAGCAACAUUAUUUUUACUACUGCAUGCACUUUCAAUUUUACUUUUUUUUAAGUGCCCUGUAAUAUAUACACUGUAUAUAACUUUCAAAAAGCACAUAAUUUUGUUAGCCUUUACUAAUUCUAUUAAUGCUCCCACAAGUAAUUUUUGUACUGCAGCUAGAGCUUCAGCUAGUAUUGUACAGAACUUCUGUAACAGCUCCAAGAUUGAUGAUUUACAAAGUAUUGCUCUGAUGUCGUAAACGAGAAGCUGUGAAUGACUUAUACAAGCUCUCUUCUGGGAUUGUUGAAAAACACUCUGACUACAUUCAAGCUUGCAAAGUAAGUCUCCUUAUCUCUCACACAUAGAAGAGACUGUAUAUAAUUCCGCUCACACCCUAAGAGAGUUAUACUCGCAUCAGAUGUACCUAUAAUCAUCAAAUAUUGUCAAAGUCUGCUAAAGCGGACGUCACCAAGUACAUCGAUCAACUCAAGUUCAGCGUAGCCAUAAAUAUUACAGAAUUGCUACUGCAUGGAAAAAUAUUAUCAGAAUAUACCACAAGCUGCAGUACUGCCACGAAAUUGAGAAUUUGUAUGUGGAAGAGGACCACAGUCUUUCUCAACUCACUUCAGAACCAGUACCAAUUGAGAGUGCCACUAAAGAGAAAUCUCAUCUUGCUUUUUUUGAUCUCUGGGUCAAAGGUUACCCAGGAUUUUAUGCUAAAUGUGAUGUUCGUAGAUUUGACUAUUUCCUAACGAUUUCUUCAUCUCAUUUCUCUCACAGCUUUUCAUGAAAACAAAGCUUGCCAACAAGCCACAGGCUCUCUAUAAUAACCUCUGAAUAUUGAUUUUCUGAUUCUUCUACUUCUUCGAUUGCAGAGGUUCAAUUAUGCUGCCAAUCCUCGCUGACCUGUGUAGUGUACAUGUAUACUUGGUAUGCAGGCUUAUGAAGAAUGGAGUGGGUGUAUUUGUCGAUAUGCUUAAAGACGCUGAUAGGAAAGAACUGAUAGCGAGAAGUGGCAACAAAACAUAAAAUGUGCUAACACUCUGCAUCUAGUUAUUCAGAAUGUUGUGGAAACAAAAUUGAUUUCUGUACUGCCUUCUGUUUUUACCUUCUUGAUCCGAGCAAUCUCAAGGAUGGAUGAAACUUUUACGAAUGCUAGAAAUGCACCUAAAUAUGCUCUAAGAGAUAUUGAUGAAGCAUUAGCAGAAGGAACUAAGCAAGUCAUGGAAAGAAGGAUAUGCUUCUCUAUUCCGAUGAAAGAUUGGGUCAUCCCAAAAGAUGGACUGGAUCUACAUAAUAAUUACUGGAGCACUGAUUAACUUACCGAUAAAGACAGAAAAUGCUCCACUUCAAUCAACAUUGGAUCAGCUCACACACAGAUUAAUUUGUUGUUUCCGAUGUGUGAGUCCAUGAUCGACUCUGCUUUGAACUGCUUAGGAAUGAAACGAAGCAUCCUUCCCUGGUGACAUUGCUAAGAAAUAAUUCGACUGUGAAUGUCUCAAGAACCCAUCUGGAAAAUGUUGGUAGAUGCUCUUGUAGUCAACCUAUGAUUGGAUUGUCCAACGAAACAAGUCAAAUCUCACAAGAGCACAACGUGCUUCUACACAAGAAAAGCAUUAUCAAAAACAAUCAUCUGUCCGUCCUGACGAUAAAACUUUCUCCAAUCAUUUGCUGCCAUCAUUGGCUCUCGUUGGCAGUGUCUUACUUUUCCCCUCUCCCUCACUUCUGAAAACAUUGUGAGCAUCAAGAGAGAGACAACCAGAUGACAAGCACUCGUCAUGCUACAUGGUCAUACACUUUCCGUGUUUCAUAUCUGUACCACAUUAUGUGUAGAUUUAACUGCAUGCAUUCACAUACUGUAGAUAUAGCUGUUCAAUCCAAUUAACACAUGUUUGUGUCACUGAACUUUCAGAACUCAUGCCUUGCCACUUAAGCAAUACUGCUGCACUUCCAAUUGUCAUUUUUUCUACUGAUAUAAUUAUAUGCAACAUCUUACAUCCUUCAAAAUUAGCACAUUUUUGUUACUAGCUACUGUACAGUUAUUCUAAUGUUGUCAAUUCUGACAUGAAUGAAAUGAAUUUUUGCACUCAGUUCUAUAGCUAAUGGCCGGUUGUGCAUGCAAUGUCAUGACUUAAUUAUGUACUGUGUUAUUCAUCAGUCACUG